UGGGUUUACUGUCAAUUACCAGUAGUUAAUUUGAUUAACUCAAUGGUUGAGAAAUGAGAAAGUAGUUAAUUAGUUUUGGUGAAUUAAAUUUCAUCGGAAAACUGAACAAGUUUAACUGUUCAUAUAAAAAGAUUGGAUUAGACCAAAGGAUAAGAUCAGUUGAUUAAAUGUGAAGUUUAAGUAACAAUUUAAUUUUUUCACAAUUAUUUUCUUUUUUUUCGUUAAUUUCUUCAUCUACUAAUCAUGAUUAAGAUGUUACCUGGUACCUUGAUUGUGAUCUUAUUAUGUUUGAUUAAUCCAUUGGAAUCUUGGCCAACAAUUAACUCAGUGUUUUCUACAACAACAACAACUACUACUUCUCGACCUUCAAUUGAUAAAUUGUCACGAAAUAUUAGUAAUUAUCUUAAUGGUGAUAAUUAUAAUAAUCCGGAUAAUCAGUUUGCUCUUCUUAAGGAUAAUCAAGUUGGUAAAUUAAAUUUAGUUAAUGAUAAACGGACACAAGUUAACAAUCAGCUACAAACCGGUAAAGUUAACUACAAUCAACAAGAACAACAAUUGAAAGAUGUUUCCAAUCAAGUCAACAACAAUUUAAGGUCAUCAUAUUUAGCAAUAAAUGGUAACACUAAUCAGCGACAACAAAGAUUAGGUCAUCUUAAUGUUAUUGGAUUACAAGGUGACCUUCAAAGUCAAUUGUUACCCGUCUCAUCUGAUUCUAAAUCACAAUCAGCUAAAUAUCGUGAAGUUGAGGAAAUAAUUCCGACCAAUGAAGUUGAUCAAGAAUCUCGAGAACCUGAGAUUUCAAGAGAUCCCAAAACACCGAGAGGAGGAGGUGGAGGACCAGUGAUACCACCACACGAACCCGAAAGUGCCCCAAUCGAUCCUAAUACACCAGGUUAUGCUGGACCACCACCUCCAACUCCAGGUCAAUCUCCUCCCGACGGGUCAUCAUUUCCCGUUCCUCCAAGUACAGGGCCACAAUUUCCAGGAGGAGGCGGAUUUCCCUCUACUCCAUAUUCACCUCCUCAAUCUCCUUCUUUUCCUCCAAAUUCAUUUCCCACCCAACAACCUGGAGUAAUUGUACCUCCUUCCACUCCAACAGAAACAGACACUGAAGGUCAAAGGCCACAACCACCGUCAGUCUCACCUUAUUAUCCAUCACCACCUCCACCAGCGACAUUCGUUCCCAAUGGAUCACCUUUUUAUCCCGAGACUUUCAAUCUUUCACCUCCACAACAACAUGAACCCAUUCAACCUCCUACCGUUCAGUUUCCUCUUCAACCAGUAGCAUCUCCAUUCCAACCACCACCACCACCACCACCUCCUCCCUCCACUUCAGUCUACUCUUCCUACUCACCACCAUCUUGGUUAACCAACUUUUACCCCAAUUACUAUUCAAAUUUCCCUUAUAACGAAGGUCUCGUUGCGACUUAUCCAACUCACUUAUCACCUACUCUUAAAUCAACGGCUUCUUACUUAAUCUCUCGAAGUGUAAUUCCAAUCGGCUCAUCCCAAUUAACCGCUGUGACUCCUUACCUGACCUCUCCAACGACCCACACUCACUUGAAUCCUCUAUAUUUAACUCAACAUGAUCAACAAACUCAUCUGAUUGCCGAUAAUAACCAAGAGCCACAAUUGCUCAACGUUAAUCCAGUAGUUAAUCACCAUUCACCUGCAUCAAAUGAUAAAGAAUCAAGAGAAUCAUCAAUCACCAACCCAAUUCAAACAACGACCACUGAAUCUUCAAUUGAAGGAUUAAAAGAAUCAGAAAUUGAUGAUGAUGCUGAAAGAAUUAGUAAUCUCUAAAUUACUUGACGAUUGGUGAUAAUCAGUUGAUUUAAUUGAGACGACAAACAUUUUAAUCAAUCAAAAAUUAUCAGAAAACUGACCUUUGCAAGAAUGACCAUCAAUCACCAUUAAGAUUACUGAUUAACUUUGAUUAGUUUUAAUUUCUGUUUAUAAAGUAAAUUUAAUUACCUUUUUCAAAACAAUUUUCAUCACCUCAUCAACUAAUCAACUAAUUUUCAAACAAAAAUCAACUAAAUCAGCAAAGGCCAACAAUUAAAACUAAACUUAAACUAU